AUGCUGGGCGUAUCCCAGACGGCCAGGGACAAGGCGCACCCCUCCCAGCAGCAGCCUUCGGCCGUCAACACCACGCGCACGAGCAUCGACCGCGAUGGCGCCUCUACCGGCAACCUCUACCCCCCGAGCGGGCCCACGAGCAGCAGCGCCAGGAGCCUCGCCGCUUCCGCCGCCAACUUUGCGCCCCGCGGCUCCUCUCUGAACCCCUCCGUCGCCCCAGGCAGCUUCAGCUCCGAACUGCGCAGCCAGAUGAACUCGUCCCGGGCCGGGUCCCGUGCCGACCUGUUCAACAAUGAAAAGCUGGAGGAGAACGAGGCCACCAUGGCCGAGCAGAAGCUGAACGCCCUGCGGGAGCAGCUUAAUCGCGAAAUGAAGAUCAAGGAGGGCAGCGAGAACAUGCUGGAUGCCCUCAACAGCAAAAAAGCCAAGCAGACCAAGGAGCAGAGGGCCCGCGUCGAGAACGAGCUCAACGCUUCCAACAACAAGAUUCGAGAGCUGAGGCAGAGGAUAGCGGAGGCGCAGGCCGUCAAGCUACCGCCCUCCACGCCUACGAGGUCAAGGACGGCAGAGCCCGGUGCACAUCCGGCCAAUGGCUUACGCUCGCCGCAUAGCGUGUCGCGGAGCGGCGCUGGGUCGGACUUUGACGAGCCUGUCGAACAGUCUCCGACCUUUUCUCUCACUGAGAUCCUGCAAGACCUGGAAGUCGAGGGCAUGGGACCCGAGUAUUAUGUCAGCCGUGGAAACGCCCUCGUGGACCUCUUCCGACGUCAUCCCAGUCUCAAGUACGACCUGGUCUGGCCCGUCUUCGGACUACGAAUGCAGGUCAUGUUGUUGAGCGAUGCCAGAGAGGUUGUGGCGGCGGGCUACCGCAUGGUUCGCUACGCCAUUUCAGAUGUCUCGACGCUGAAGAAGAUCAGAAAUUUGAAUACUGAUUAUCUGGUCAUCACCUCUCUCAUCAAGGACCGCAAGGCAGAUCUGGAGCGGGAGCAAGCCCUCAAAUUCGUGCGCGCCUUCCUCGACGUCAAGGGCGGUGUCAACGAGAUCUCCCGAGCGGUAGUGCGCGCUAUAGCCGCUGUAGCUGCGCAAGAGGACGACAGACUGCAGUCCAUGUGCGUCGAGACGCUUGCCGAAAUCCUCCUCCGUUGCCCGCCGCUGGCCAUUGCGUCCGGAGCGCUGCCUCCACUGUCUGAGGCACUCAACGAGGGCAGCUACAAGUCCCCCGACACGAUCGCCAACGCGUUCCUGUAUCUCUUUGACAAUCCGCAACAGCGAAAAUACCUACGCUCAGGGUACGAUCUCGAGGUCAUGUUCACGGCUUUCACCGACCCCACUGCCGGAACCGAGAGCUUGCUCAAGCAGAAUUCGAAGGCCAUUGCCAGAGUGCUCAGGAGCUGGUCGGGAUUCAUGGUUCUGGGGAUGCACGAUUUUCGAGCGAUCCGGUCUCUGAUGCGGAGUAUGGUCCUGCCUCAGCCCAUGAUCAAGGAAACCGUGGUCGAUCUCGUCUUCAUCCUCCUGCGCAUCAAACCGCCAUCGUGGGCCACUUCGUUCUUGGCUGGCCGUCGUUUGACGACGUACGGGAGAGUGGCCAAUCUCAAGUCAAUAUCCACCUCAAACUCGUCAGGAGCCAGUUCAGGCGCACCACCACUGAUGGAAGACGAGGCGGUCGAGGAGCAAAGUUUCCUUGACCACUACACGGCCCUGUUGCUCUCGGUCCUGGUCAAAUGCGACCUCCUGCCCAAUCUGCUUCACGUCGCCAAGAAUAGCGAGGCGCCACUGACGAGGAAGACCUGUCUGCUCAUCGGAGAGGUGCUGAAGCUUGCAAGCAGACUACUGCCCCAAUCAGCCAGCACGCAACUGCCUUUGUUGCCCGAAUUAUUUACUGCUGCGACGCGUUUCAAGGACGAUGAACGGUUUAUUUCCUCGGGCAUUGUCUACCAGAUCAGCCAGGUCAGCAAGACUCUGUACAGGAUGUCCGAUGGGUUGCCCGGCAUCGCGUCCCUGUCACACGACAACCUGACCAUGCUUGCCGAAGAGCAACAAAAGGGCAACCCGGGUGUCGUUAUUCAGGACACGGUCUUCAGGCAACUCCUCGUCGAGUCGAAUGUUCUCAACAGCUCAAACUACCUCAAGUGGGAUUGGGACACCAUUCUCAAGAUGAUCGAUGGCCCCCUCCAGAACGGGAAGCGACUCGACGAGACGAUCAGAGUGUCUAAGUUUAUGAAUCGCAUCAUGAGUUUCUAUCGUCCCUUCAAGAAUCGAUUUGCGGAUCUCAGCAGCAACAAGAACACACAAAAAUACGUCCGAGUCGGGUGUGCCUUGAUGCACACUCUCCUGCAGUCGAACGAGGGUAUCGUCUUCUUGCGGGAUAGCAAGCUACUCAGGCAGCUGGCAGAGUGUCUUGCACAGUGUGACCCUAGUAGCGGCCUCACUUCAGCAGAUCCCGUGUUCGCCCCGUAUCGACUUCAGACCACCCUGUGCGCCGGCUACUUUCCCAUGCUGGGUGUCCUUAGCAGCGACCCCAAGGGUCUCGAGCUUCUGCAGCGAUGGCGCAUGUUCAACAUGAUGUAUCAUAUCCUGUCGCAUAAGCAGCGGCCUGAUUUGAUCCAUCUGCUCCUGCUGAAUUUCGACUACACCGUGCCCGGCCACACCAGAGUCCUUCUUGAGCAGGCCUUGACGUCGGGCACCCGAGAGACGCGAAUCAUAGCGACAAAGGUACUGAGAAAGUAUGCGACACGUCCUUUCAACGAGGCCAACCGCAACCACGACAAGGUGGACUGGAAGUGGGCCAUCAGGAAACUGGUCGAUCAGUUGUAUGAUCCGGACGUCGAGGUGUGUCGGACCGCCGUUAAGAUCCUCGAAAAGUCGUGCAACAAAAAAGCCUACCUCGAGUACGUGGUCCAAUGUCGGCCUGCCAUGGACCACUUGGGGGAAAUGAGCGCGCCGCUUCUCCUGCGCUUCCUGUCGUCAUCGAGCGGGUACCACUACCUUGAUGGGUUGGAUUACAUCAGUAACGAGAUGGAUGACUGGUUUCUCGGGCGCAACGACACAUAUGUUGACCUCAUCGAGACCAGCCUAGCCAAGGCAUUUUCCGAUCAUGCCGACGAGCAGCAGCAGCGGUUGAGCAUGGUAGAUCAGGCUCAAGCUGAAUCCAUGGAGCCUGAGAGCCACCUGCCACCGCACUUCUACCGCGAGCUCGCGCGCACAGAGGAGGGCUGCAGGAUGCUGAGGGACAAGGGCCAUUUCGCCGAGUUUGCCAGCACCAUUCGGGACUACGGCAUGCAGUCUGCGGAUCCUGAGCUCUUGCUCAAGGUCAAGGGAUGCAUGUGGGCGGUGGGCAACGUGGGGUCCAUGGAGCUGGGCGCACCCUUCCUCGAGUCAUGCGACGUCGUUCAAGACAUCGUCAAGAUUGCUCAGGAGCACGACAUGAUGAGUCUCCGGGGCACUGCCUUUUUCGUACUAGGCCUCAUAUCGCGCUCCAUCCACGGCCUGGAGAUUCUCCUGGAAUGCGGAUGGGACUCGAACCUCAAUAACAGGGGACAUUCGGUCGGUUUCUGCGUUCCAGACAAUCUCUCCCGCUUCUUCUCUUACAAGCCGUGGAAGCACACAAUUGCCCCGCUCAUCCGGCUUCCCGAUGCGCAGAAGACGAUCCUCACGCCUCCGCCACCGAUGCCUGCGAGACCGCCGCUGGAGAAGGAGGAGCUCCCGCCAGCGCAUGAUGAGGCGGCGACGAACCAAAGGAUCGUCGACCUGAUUGUGGACCUCAGCAACAUCAUCCUGUUCAAGCACGCCAUCAGCGACUUGAAGCAGCUGAAGCUCCGCAAGGCCCCCGGGUUUAGGAGCCCCCAGCUGUUCAAGAGGAUCAUCGCCAUGCUCGAGUACAACCACUAUCGAUUGCCGAUUAGAAGAAUGGUCAUUGAGCUGUUCGAUAAGAGCGUCUUGCGGACGAUUGUGUUCGAGGAAGACACCGAUACAGAGGAGGAGGAAGACACGUUGAAACCCAAGAAUCGAAUCAUCGAGGAGGAGGAGAACGCAUCGGCAUCCGGGGACGAGUCGCGGACUGAGCGCCAGCGCAGCGUCUCCAACGCCACUGAUACGCGGUCUGAAGCCCGGUCGAGCCGGGAGAAUGCGGGUGGCCGCGUCAUCACGAACAAGUUUGGUGCCGGCGGGUUCGGCGCUCAUGUCUCGCCAUCGGGGGUUGGCUCGAACCCGUCGCGGAACGGCAUGGCGCAAGAGGGAGACAGCAGCAGUGAGGAGGAAGAGAGCUCUUCUGACGAAGAGAGCCAGACGGGGGGGUCGAGAGGCAUCUUGGGCUAG